AUGACCAGAAUUCGACAUAGUCACUCACCGAUAUCGCCGCGUGGCUCCACCGCGUGGGCCCGUGCUACCGUGCUUUUAUCGUCGCUUCUUCGGAUGGUCCAUGGCUUCCCCAUUCCCACGAUCAAAGGGGUGGACCUCGACGCUAGCACCAAGCCAAGGAUGACUGCAGAGGAGUUCUACGCUAACUUGUUCACCUCGGUGUUUCUUGUGCUUGCUGGUGGCGUUUUCGCCGGGUUGACCUUGGGGCUCAUGGGUCAGGAUGAAGUUUACUUGAAAGUCAUUGCAACCUCUGGGGAUCCCCUGGAAAGGAAGUACGCACGCAAGGUGCUUCGUUUGAUUGGAAGAGGGAAGCACUGGGUGCUUGUCACGUUGUUGCUUCUGAACGUCAUCACAAACGAAACAUUGCCCAUUGUGUUGGAUAGGUGCUUGGGCGGUGGGUGGCCUGCCGUGGUGACAUCCACUGCUUCCAUUGUGAUUUUUGGUGAAAUCAUCCCCCAGUCGAUUUGCGUGAGAUAUGGCCUCCAGGUGGGUGCUCUUUUCGCUCCCUUCGUGCUUGUCUUGAUGUAUGUGAUGUACCCUGUGGCGUACCCUUGUUCGUUGCUCUUGGACCACAUUUUGGGUGAAGAUCACGGUACCGUGUACAAGAAAUCGGGGCUUAAAACGUUGGUUACUUUGCACAAGACUAUGGGUGUCGAGCGCUUGAACCAGGACGAAGUGACCAUCAUCAGUGCUGUGUUGGAUUUGAAGGAGAAGACUUGCGCUGAUAUCAUGACUCCUAUGGACUGCGUGUACACCAUGUCUUCAGACUCGAUUUUGGAUGAGAAGACGGUGGAAGAGAUCUUCAACGCUGGCUUCUCUCGUAUUCCUAUCCAUUUGCCAAACGAGCCAUCCAAUUUCAUCGGUAUGCUCUUGGUACGUGUUUUGAUCAGCUACGAUCCUGAAGAUGCGUUGCCCGUGGCUCUGUUCCCCCUUGCUACGUUGCCUGAGACGGCUGCAGACACUUCCUGUUUGAAUAUCUUGAACUACUUCCAGGAGGGUAAAUCUCACAUGAUAGUUGUCAGUGAGACUCCUGGUGAACCUACGGGUGCCUUGGGUGUUCUCACUUUGGAAGAUGUCAUUGAGGAAUUGAUUGGUGAGGAAAUUGUGGAUGAAUCCGAUGUUUACAUCGACAUCAACAAGAACAUCAAGAGAUCCAACCCCGGUCCUUUGUCUCGUCGCCACCUAACUCAGUACUUGCACACCUUAUACCAGUCCAAUGAAAAUAGCAAGAGAAAUUCUAUCGGGUCUGCCUCAGGCUCCGGCCAGAACACUAUCAUCAAGGCAAACCCGGUAACAACAUCCCCCAACAUAUACCGGGCAAACGCCGAGGGCCGUGCUUUAGCAUCGCCUAUGCUUGCUCCGAUGAAUCGGGCCCUGAACCCGUUGGAAACAUCAAAGUCUUACGUGACCAUCAAAAAACCUCUUCAACAAAGUGAAGUUCCCGGCUCUACUCCCACGUCUGUGGGCAACUCUGUGCCUGGUCCAGCACGCUCGCACCCACAAGCUAAAGGAUCCUAUGAGCCUAUCUAUACCAGUGAGCUGGCCGCGUUGGAAGAAGCCCGUCAAAGAGUCCUGAAUGACAAUUCGCAAUUCAAAGAAGAUGGGUGCUCCAAUGAUCGUGAUGGCCAUGGUAAUAAUCACUACCACAAUAAUCAUCGGUCAAAGGGUGGUCUACCGACGCAAGAUAGAAGACGCAAUGACCAGGAAACUGACAUUUCCGACAUUGCAGAAGAACGUGAUAAAUCUAAGAAGAGCGACAAGAAGGAGGGGCCUUCGACGCGAUCAUCCAGAAGCUUUUCCAGAAAGACUUCGAGAAACGGAUCUUUCUCUGGUGGCAGCAAUUCUCGCAGAGGCUCUGACGCUGGCGAUCACUAUGAUGACAACGGGAUUGACCACUCGGACCCUAUUCUGAUGGAGUUUCUGGAAUCAAGAUCGUACAGGACCGGCGGCAUUGUCGAGUCUGUCGUGAAUGUUCAGGGUGUCCACAAGACAAUCAUAGAAGAUAUUAGCGAUAGCGAAGAGUCGAGCCCGGAACACGGGAGCUUGACGAGUCAGCGCAAGAAAAGAUACAGCAGCAGCGAGGAGGAGACCCAAAGAUUGGUUAACUUUUAG